UGGAGUCGGGGCGCAGCUCAAACAUGGCGGCGGCUGGCACGGGCCGGUGAGGCGGUACCAGGUGGGGGCUGUCGGGUGUCAUGGGCGGUGGCGGCGGCACCGCCUCCGCGUCUCCCUGAGCCGGACCUCACGGGGGACUCUGCGCCAAGCCGGGCGAUGGACGAGAGCGGCGAGCUGGGUGGUCAGGAGACCAUGGACACCCUGACUGAGCUGGGCGACGAGCUGACUCUGGGGGACAUCGAUGAAAUGCUACAAUUCGUCAGCAAUCAAGUGGGAGAGUUCCCUGAUUUGUUUUCAGAGCAGCUAUGUAGCUCCUUCCCUGGAGGUGGUGGCAGUGGCAGCGGCAGCAACAGUGGCAGCAACAGCAAUGGCAGAGGCAACGGUGGUGGAACCACAGAUCCUGCAAUACAGCGGGCUUUCAGCCAGGUCCCGUUACCUACCUUCUCCCCCUCGGCUGCCUCCCCUCAGGCUCCAGCCCUACAGGUCAAAGUCUCUCCUACCCCACCAAGGGCAACCCCUGUUCUCCAGCCCAGACCCCAGCCCCAGCCCCAGCCUUCAGCUCCGCUUCAGCAGCAGACGGUAAUGAUCACACCAACAUUCAGCACUGCUCCGCAGACGAGGAUCAUCCAGCAGCCUCUGAUAUACCAGAAUGCAGCAACCAGCUUUCAAGUCCUGCAGCCUCAAGUCCAAAGCCUGGUGACAUCCCCGCAGGUACAGCCAGUCACGAUCCAGCAGCAGGUGCAGACUGUACAGGCCCAGCGGGUGUUGACACAGACAGCCAAUGGCACACUGCAGACCCUUGCCCCAGCCACAGUGCAGACAGUUGCUGCACCCCAGGUGCAGCAGGUCCCGGUCCUUGUUCAGCCUCAGAUCAUUAAGACAGAUUCCCUUGUUUUGACCACACUGAAAACAGAUGGCAGCCCUGUUAUGGCUGCAGUCCAGAAUCCAGCCCUCACUGCCCUCACCACCCCCCUCCAGACGGCUGCCCUUCAAGUACCAACCCUGGUUGGCAGCAAUGGGACCAUUCUGACCACAAUGCCUGUAAUGAUGGGACAAGAAAAAGUUCCUAUUAAGCAAGUACCCGGGGGUGUAAAGCAGCUAGAGCCCCCCAAAGAAGGAGAGAGGCGGACAACACAUAAUAUUAUUGAAAAGCGCUAUCGAUCCUCUAUCAACGACAAAAUCAUAGAGUUGAAGGACUUGGUCAUGGGAACAGAUGCCAAGAUGCACAAGUCUGGCGUUCUGAGGAAGGCCAUUGAUUACAUCAAAUAUUUGCAGCAGGUCAAUCACAAGCUGCGUCAGGAGAACAUGGUGCUGAAAUUGGCAAAUCAGAAAAACAAGCUCCUGAAAGGCAUUGACUUAGGCAGUCUGGUGGACAGUGAUGUGGACUUGAAGAUGGAUGACUUUAAUCAGAAUGUCCUUCUGAUGUCUCCCCCGGCCUCUGACUCAGGGUCCCAGGCAGGCUUCUCCCCUUAUUCCAUUGACUCUGAGCCAGGAAGUCCUCUGCUGGAUGAUGCAAAGGUCAAGGAUGAACCAGACUCUCCUCCUGUGGCACUGGGCAUGGUGGACCGAUCUCGAAUUCUGCUGUGCGUCCUCACCUUCUUGGGCCUCUCCUUUAACCCCUUGACUUCCUUGCUUCAGUGGGGAGGAGCCCACGAUGCUGAGCAGCACCCAUACUCAGGCUCUGGCCGCAGUGUACUGUCAUUGGAGUCAGGUUCUGGGGGCUGGUUUGACUGGAUGAUGCCGACUCUCCUCUUGUGGCUGGUAAAUGGUGUGAUUGUCUUGAGCGUCUUUGUGAAGCUGUUGGUCCACGGGGAGCCAGUGAUCCGUCCACACUCACGCUCCUCAGUCACCUUCUGGAGACACCGGAAGCAGGCCGACCUAGACCUUGCCAAAGGCGAUUUUGCGGCUGCUGCUGCCAAUCUUCAAACCUGCUUAUCAGUUUUGGGCCGGGCACUGCCUACCUCCCGCUUGGACUUGGCCUGCAGCCUCUCCUGGAAUGUGAUCCGGUACAGCCUGCAGAAGCUGCGCCUGGUACGCUGGAUACUCAAAAAAGUCUUCCAGCGCUGGCGGGCUACCCCAGCCACUGCAGCUGGCUUUGAGGACGAAGCUAAGAGCAGUGCGAGAGAUGCAGCCCUGGCCUAUCACAGGCUGCACCAGCUGCAUAUCACAGGGAAGCUUCCUGCAGGAUCCACCUGUUCAGAUGUACACAUGGCUUUGUGUGCUGUGAACCUCGCCGAGUGUGCCGAGGAGAAGAUCCCACCAAGCACACUUAUUGAGAUCCAUCUGACAGCCGCCAUGGGGCUCAAGACCCGAUGUGGAGGCAAGCUGGGCUUUUUGGCUAGCUACUUCCUUAAUCGUGCCCAGAGUCUGUGUGGCCCAGAGCACAGCACUGUCCCUGACUCCCUGCGCUGGCUCUGCCACCCCUUGGGUCAGAAGUUUUUCAUGGAGCGAAGCUGGUCAGUCAAAUCAGCAGCCAAGGAGAGUCUGUAUUGCGCCCAGAGGAACCCAGCUGACCCCAUUGCCCAGGUCCACCAGGCUUUCUGCAAAAACCUUCUGGAAAAAGCCGUGGAGUCCUUGGUGAAACCUCAGACUAAGAAGAAGGCAAGCGACCAGGAGGAUGAGAGCUGUGAAUUUUCCAGUGCCCUAGAGUAUUUGAAAUUACUUCAUUCUUUUGUGGACUCUGUGGGGUUUGUGACCCCACCAUUCUCCAGCAGUUCUGUGCUCAAGUCAGCCCUUGGUCCAGAUAUCAUCUGUAGGUGGUGGACAUCUGCAAUCACUAUGGCCAUCAGCUGGCUCCAGGGAGAUGAUGCUGCUGUGCGCUCUCAUUUUACUGAAGUGGAACGGGUCCCCAAGGCCCUGGAAGUGACUGAGAGUCCCUUGGUGAAGGCCGUCUUCUAUGCCUGUAGAGCCAUGCACGCCUCACUCUCUGGGAAAGGAGAUGGGCAACAGAAUUCCUUCUGUCAUUGCGAGAGGGCCAGUGGUCACCUGUGGAGCAGUCUCAAUGUCAGUGGAGCUACUUCUGAUCCUUCACUUAACCAUGUGGUCCAGCUGCUUACCUGUGACCUACUACUGUCUCUGAGGACAGCACUGUGGCAAAAGCAGGCCGGCACCAGCCAGGGCCUGGGUGAGACCUACCAUGCAUCAGGCACUGAGCUGGCUGGCUUCCAACGGGACCUGGGCAGCCUGCGCAGACUGGCUCAUAGCUUCCGCCCAGCAUACCGCAAGGUGUUCCUGCAUGAAGCCACUGUGCGCUUGAUGGCAGGAGCCAGCCCCACGCGAACACACCAGCUGCUGGAGCAUAGCCUUCGGCGGCGUACCAGUCAGAACACCAAGCAUGGAGACCUAGACACCUGGCCUGGCCAACGAGAACGAGCUACUGCCAUCCUGCUGGCCUGCCGCCAUCUUCCCCUCUCUUUCCUGUCUUCCCCAGGCCAGCGGGCAGUACUGCUGGCUGAAGCUGCCCGCACCCUGGAGAAGGUGGGUGACCGACGUUCCUGCAAUGACUGCCAGCAGAUGAUUGUCAAGCUGGGUGGUGGCACUGCCAUCGCUGCCUCCUGACCACGUCCGGGGCUUGGUCCACCUCUUUCCACCUUUGUCCCUUUCUUCCAGGACCUUCCCUUUGUGUCUCAGACUGUCUCCCCAUCUGUUUUUCUUCCUUCUCCAAGAGCUGUGAGGAUGAAGGCAAGACUGACUUUCUGAGCUGUACCUGCCAAGGCUUUUGGAUUGUUUCAGGCCAGUAGGACCAUGGGCAGAGCUCUUUACAACUGCUGUGGUCUCAGCCCAGGUGGCCUGAGCAGGAAUGGGGUGAUCUCCUCACUUGAAAGCAACGUAGGGUGCUGCCGAGCCCCUUCCCCAGCCCUCUGGAGACUCUUGAGUGUCUCCCUCUCUGCCUCUUCGGGUUUUUUUGUUAUGUUUUGUUUUUUGUUUUUUUUUUUAUCAGGCUUUCUCUGGGAACUAGGUCUCUGUGCAGCAGAGAGCAUUUUGCAUUCUGGACUUAUCUGGCAUGCCCCUUUUUAUACAGAUGUUUUUAUAUGUGUGUGCUUGGGCCUGCCACGAUACAGGGCAAAGUUGCUGUGGCAUCUUUAUUUCUCUCCCUGGGUCUGCAUUCCUCUCCUGUGCCUGACUAAGCCUGUUCAUUGUUUUCUUGUCAUUACAAGGGACAGCCAGGGAAGGAAGGGAGCCCAGCCCUGGGAGGUGGGUGGGAGGCAGGGGCAGGUCUAGGGAUGGAUGAAAUAAUGUUGGCAUUGUUUUUUAAUUUUUUAAAAAAUAAAUGGUAUCUUAUUUAAUUGUCCUGUUCCUUCCCACUCCUCCACCCCCUGAGAUGGCAGCCUGAGCUCAGGGAGGCCCAAGGGGCUGGACAGGAUAAAGCCACCAUUGGGCCUGGGAUCCAGGGGUCUUCAGCAUGAUUAUUUGUUCCUUCUAGCUCAGCCUAACUCCUACCUCCCGUAUAGUGUAUUUUUAUCCUGAAUUCCUGUCUGUGAAUAAGCCAGGGUGGCAGAUACUGGUCCCAAGCCCUCCCCAGCAGCAAGCCUCUCUUUUUCAGGGUAGGAAUCAGGUCUCUUGCCUUGGGAUGGGGGAGUCCUAGGAAGAAGUGGUCCUGCUUUUCUGGACUGCUUGGUCAGGGCUUCCUGAGAGACUUAAGAGGAAUUCUCCCACCUUGUGCUUCUCUUCCCUUCAAGCUGGUUGAAGCAGAGAGCAGACAGGGGUGGGCCCUUCCUGUGCUUGGACCCCAUUUAUCCUAUUCUCUGUCUCUCCCCAGCUAUCACUGUAAUUUAUGGCCCCCGCCCACGGGGCAGCCCAGCCCUUGUGUCUUGUGUAUAUACUGUGCCUUUUCUCCUUGUUGGGGGGGGAGGGUGGUUUUUCACUGAACAGGGGAUACACCUAUGUCUUCCUUGAUGUUGAAACAUUCACCAUGUGCUGGACAUAGGUUAUUCAAUAAACACAGAUUGGU